GUGUGUGUAAAACAACAGGUGCGUUUAUUAGUAGUGUGUAUAUAACCUUACGAGUUUACAAAUAGCUGAGAACUUUACAUUUGAAAGUGUAACUUUGUUGAGUAAAAGCUAAGGAUGCUAACAGACACCAGAAUAUCUUCAGUUCUACUGAUCAUCUUGGCAUUGAUCCUGAAGAGGUCAGAAGGAUCUCUGUGUCCUUCUCCUGAAAACAUCUCUCCUUGUACUUGCUCUGCUAACACAGAUACCUGUUUUUAUUCGUGUAAAGGAGACGAACCACUAAAAGGUCUUCAUGAUUUCUUUCUACCUUGUCCAAACGUGGAAUUCAGUAUUUACGGGGGAGACAUCGAUUUUCUGGAGAAUGGAUUCUUUGGGAGAUUUGGUGAGAUCCGGAGCUUUAGACUGAGCUUAAGCAGCUUAAAUAUCCAAUCUCUAGGUGGCCAAGAGCUUAAUAGCUCACCGUUCCAAGGUCUAGGAGUCACGGACAGAUUCUCCUUGAAUAUGCUCCGUGUCACACCAGGCACACGUUGGACAUGGGCUCCUUUUUCAGCUAUCAAAUUUGGAUCGCAGGUAACCACAGAUAUUCAUUCAAACACAACUCUGUUGAAAGAGUUAGACGAAGAGUUUUAUCGAGUCUUUGCGAAAUCCAAUAUGGAGUCUCUCGACAUGUCGGGUACUUCACUUAGUACCACAGAUAACCCUUUGAUUUUAGCGGAUGUUCCAAAGGGUACAUACUCAAUGCUUAAAUAUGUAUAUCAGGUAGUAACCAAUAGUCAGUGUGUGAAUAACAACAAGUGGGCAGUUCGUCACUGGUUCUUGUUAAGCACAAAUUUACACAAUGGGCUAUCUGUGCUCUGCCCACCAUACGUAGAUAACAGUGGUUCAUGCGGAAGUGAGUAGAUGUAACACUAAAAU